UAUUCUUUUAUCUGGCACCACAAUCACAAUUCACUAUCCAUUUUUACUUAAUUAAUAUAUAAAAACCUUUUAUUUAUUUCAAUUAGUUACUAAGAUGUCUUCAAAAGUAUUUUCAUCAGUUGUCCUCCUCCUAUGUCUCAACAUAGUGUUUUUCACUAUGGUGAGUUCCCAACAUGUCCGCUCCCCACCACCUCGCCCUAGGUCACCACCACCUUCCAGGUCACCACCUCCAAUUAUGGCGUCCCCACCCGUGCCACCUCCUAGCAACAGUUGCCCCAUAGAUACGCUAAAAUUGAAGGUGUGUGCCAAUGUAUUGAAUGAUUUGCUUGAAAUCACGAAUGGCACCCCACAAUGUUGUUCUCUCAUUGAAGGGUUAGUUGACCUUGAAGCAGCAGUUUGUCUUUGUACUGUCAUUAAAGCUAAUGUUUUAGGGAUCAAAGUUAAUGCUACACUCAACAUAAAUGUGUUGCUCAACAAUUGUGGUAAGAAGAUACCUGAAGGCUUCGAAUGUUCUUAAACUUAUUAAUCGGAUUUUGUUGGGUAUCAUCAAAAUCUUAAAUAAGUAUUACUUUCGUAUUCCAGCAGCUUUGGAGCAGCUCAUCAAUAAUGUUGUAUAUGUUAUGUGUUGGUUUUUGUUGGUGACUAAGCUAGGUUGUCAAUAAACUCCAGCCUAACAUUGUACCGUAGUAGUACGUAAUCUUUUAUAAUUAAUAAAGUGAGAAAAACCUACAUGAGUUUUCUUGAAUAAUAAGACAUUAUAGUUGAUAAA